GGUCGUCCUCGGCAAGUGCAUCAGCUAUUCAGCUCUGAGCUGGAGUCGCCUGACAUCUCGUUUUCACUUGUACGGUUGCACUUCUAUAAGCGAAUUAAGCAACGAAGACUUCAACUCUCUGCUACCUCCUGCUGCUCCGAUCUCUCUCCAGUCUCCAUUGCUAGCUAGCUGAAGGCUCCGUGGCGGUCAUAUCGCCGUCGAGCUGAGGGGCGGCGCCGACCGGCGACCGGCCAGCCAUGGAGAUGCAGCCACAGCUCGCCGACUGUUCUCCGGAUAAGCUUGCCAGCGUCGCUCUGACACCCAGAGGGCGCCUGGACUCGCAGGAAGGCCGGUGGCCGGCGCAGGAGAAGGACAUCGACGAUUGGCUCCCCAUCAACGCGAGGAGGAACGCCAAGUGGUGGUACUCCGCCUUCCACAAUGUCACCGCCAUGGUCGGCGCCGGCGUGCUUGGCCUUCCCUACGCCAUGUCCGAGCUUGGCUGGGAGGUUGGCAUCACGGUGCUGCUCCUGUCAUGGAUCAUCACGCUGUACACGCUGUGGCAGAUGGUGGAGAUGCACGAGAUGGUGCCCGGCAAGAGGUUCGACAGGUACCACGAGCUCGGGCAGCACGCGUUCGGCGAGAAGCUUGGCCUGUGGAUCGUCGUGCCGCAGCAGCUGGUGGUGGAGGUCGGCCUCAACAUCGUCUACAUGGUCACCGGCGGCCAGUCCCUGCAAAAGUUCCACGACGUGGUCUGCGGCGACAAGCAGUGCAAGGACAUCAAGCUCACCUACUUCAUCAUGAUCUUCGCCUCCUGCCACUUCGUCCUCUCCCAGCUCCCCAACUUCCACUCCAUCUCCGGCGUCUCCCUCGCCGCCGCCGUCAUGUCGCUUUGCUACUCGACGAUCGCAUGGAUCGCGUCGGUGCAGAAGGGGAAGUCGCCGGAGGUGCACUACGGCCUGCGCGCGACGACGACGCCGGGGAAGGUGUUCGGCUUCUUCGGCGCGCUCGGGGACGUGGCGUUCGCCUACGCCGGGCACAACGUGGUGCUGGAGAUCCAGGCCACCAUCCCGUCGACGCCGGAGAAGCCGUCCAAGAAGCCCAUGUGGAAGGGCGUCGUCGUCGCCUACAUCGUCGUCGCCGUGUGCUACUUCCCUGCCUCACUCGUCGGCUACUGGGCCUUCGGCAACAGCGUCAACGAGAACAUCCUUGUCACACUCAACAAGCCCAAGUGGCUCAUUGCCCUCGCCAACAUGAUGGUUGUCGUUCAUCUCAUUGGCAGCUACCAGGUAUAUGCGAUGCCAGUGUUUGACAUGAUAGAGACGGUGCUGGUCAGGAAGUUUGGGUUCCGUCCAAGCUUGAUGCUCCGUCUCAUUGCCCGGAGUGUCUAUGUCGGGUUCACAAUGUUCGUAGCCAUCACCUUCCCGUUCUUCACUGCAUUGCUCAGCUUCUUUGGCGGAUUUGCCUUCGCACCGACAACGUAUUUUCUUCCUUGCAUCAUGUGGCUCACAAUAUACAAACCCAAAACUUUCAGUAUCUCGUGGUUUACCAACUGGAUCUGCAUUGUCCUAGGUGUUUUGCUGAUGGUACUGUCACCAAUCGGUGGACUUCGGGAGAUCAUCUUGAAAGCCAAGACAUACCACUUCUACCAGUAAACAUGAUUAAUUCAACACAAAAACCAAGGUUGGUGUUGUAGUUAACAAAUGUUCGACAUGUCCCAAGUUUUGAGUGGGACACAACAUUUAUCUUCAUCUUGGCAAAAGAAAUUUUCAAUUUGGGUUACGUCUUACCAAGUUUUUGUCAUGGAACAAGAUGGGAUGUGUCAUGAAAGCUUUGUUGCUGCUCAUGACAAUCUGUGACAUGUCGUGGUUGUUAACCUAGGAGUUUGUUUUGUGAUACCAUAUACAUGUGUAUAUCUUGUUUGUAUAUAUUCUAGGAAAGAGUUAGCUUAUUUGUGCAUUAUUAGGGAGAAUGAGUGAUGGUGGUUUGUAUUUCUUUCAUCCAUAGUUCAUUGAUGGUUCCUAAUUAAUAUCACAUUACAAUUCAAACAACCUUUAUGUAUAUUAGUCCAUCAAUCCAUGCUUCUCAAUGGGACAAUAAUUUCAAGAAACAAUUGUAAGAAGUUCAUGGGUAAAUUUAAGGACCAUGCUUAAUCAAAACAAAUUACAUUGUUAUA